UAAUGCUAAUGAUGAAGGCACAUUAAAUAAACCUGAAAAUAUUUCUCUUGGGAAAGCCCCUUCUGGUAUCUUGUCUCAAACCAUGAAUUAUGUGGGACAGCUGGCUGGGCAAGUCUUUGUCACUGUGAAGGAGUUAUACAAGGGCAUUAAUCAAGCCACACUCUCUGGAUGUAUUGAUGUCGUUGUGGUCCGGCAACAGGAUGGCACCUAUCAGUGUUCUCCAUUUCAUGUUCGAUUCGGGAAGUUAGGAGUCCUCAGAUCAAAAGAAAAAGUGAUCGAUAUAGAAAUCAAUGGCGAUGCUGUGGAUCUCCAUAUGAAGCUGGGGGAUAAUGGAGAAGCCUUCUUUGUUGAGGAGACUGAAGAGGAAUAUGAAAAACUUCCUGCUUACCUGGCUACCUCACCAAUACCUACAGAAGCUCAGUUCUUUAAAGAUAUUGAGUCUCAUUUGAUUAAGUCAGGUGGAAAUGAAAGGAUGUGUCAAAGUGCUGAAAUCUCACACAUUAUGGAGACAGAGACCGUUUUCAACCCAGGUUCUGUGAAGAAGAAAAAACGGCGGAAAAAGAAGUAUAAACAAGACAGCAAGAAGGAAGAUCAAACCUCAUCUCCUGGAAUGGAUGAUGCCUUUGAUAUAGAUAUAAGCUCUGACGAUGACAAAGGAACCCAGCCAAUGAGAGGAACUUCAAGUACAACAGUGAAGGAGGAAGAGUAUAAGGAACCUUUGAUCUUCCAUUCCAGUGAUCAUUACCCAUUGUCUGAUGGAGAUUGGUCCCCUUUAGACAACGCCUUCUCCCAGACAGUCUGUCCGAAGAGUGAUUCAGAACUUGAAGUGAAGCCUGCUGAAAGCUUGCUCAGAUCAGAAUCUCACAUGGAGUGGACCUGGGGAGGUUUCCCAGAGUCUACCAAGAUCAGCAAGAAAGAAAGAUCCGAUCACCCUCGAACUGCUACCAUCACACCAUCAGAAAAUACCCAUUUUAGGGUCAUCCCCAAUGAUGAUAAUCUGGUAAAUGAAGUUGAAAAGGAUGCUUCAGUGGAUGACACUGUGUGUACAAUAGUAAAACCAAAGCCAAGGGCACUCUGUACACAGAUGAGGGAGACAACUGAGACUAAUUCCAUUGCCUCUGAAAUCCUUGAACCUCCUCUUGAAAGUCCUCAAGUUUUAUCUAUGUUAGAUGCAGAUCCUCUCCCUAACCCAGCAGUGGAACCUUCAUCAUCAGAAAUAAAGCCAGUCACUAAACUGGAUUCCCCAUCAAAGAAGAAAGGUGUCCACAAGAGAAGCCAGCACCAAGGUCCUGAUGAUAUUUACCUAGAUGACCUAAAAGUCUUGGAACCUGAAGUUGCAGCACUUUAUUUCCCAAAAAGUGAUUCUGAUCCAGGUUCUAGACAGUGGACUGAGUCUGAUACUUUGUCUGGCUCUCAGUCUCCCCAGUCAGUGGGAAGUGCAGCUGCUGACAGUGGCACAGAAUGCCUCUCUGAUUCUGCAAUGGACUUGCCUGAUGUGACCCUCUCGCUUUGUGGGGGACUCAGUGAGAAUGGAGAGAUAUCAAAAGAAAAAUUCAUGGAACAUAUCAUUACUUACCAUGAAUUUGCAGAAAACCCUGGACUUAUAGAUAAUCCUAAUCUAGUGAUACGGAUCUAUAACCGGUACUAUAACUGGGCCCUGGCUGCUCCUAUGAUCCUAAGCUUGCAGGUGUUCCAGAAGAGCUUGCCCAAGGCUACAGUUGAGUCCUGGGUCAAAGAUAAAAUGCCAAAGAAGUCUGGGAGAUGGUGGUUCUGGCGCAAAAAGGAGAAUAUGGCCAAACAGCCACCAGAGGCCAAGGAAGGGAAAUCUGAGGUACCACCAGCAGGUGACUUGCCAAUGAAUGCAAAAGAACAAACUAAUAUGAGGCCAACUGAGAAUGAUUCAUCUAGUGACGAGGACUCCCAGGAGCUUAAAGAUUCCCUCAAAAUUGAUCCCGUCCCAGUAGAACACCUGAGCCAUGCAAGCACUACUUCUUAUAAGAAGUCACUUAGACUUUCUUCAGACCAAAUCGCAAAACUGAAGCUCCAAGAUGGCCCAAAUGAUGUUGUGUUUAGUAUUACAACCCAGUAUCAAGGUACCUGUCGCUGUGCAGGAACCAUCUACCUGUGGAACUGGAAUGACAAGAUCAUCAUUUCGGAUAUCGAUGGAACAAUAACCAAGUCUGAUGCUUUAGGACAGAUUCUUCCUCAACUAGGCAAAGACUGGACCCAUCAGGGCAUAGCAAAACUCUACCAUUCCAUCAAUGAGAAUGGGUACAAAUUUCUUUAUUGUUCAGCUCGUGCCAUUGGAAUGGCAGACAUGACACGAGGAUACCUUCACUGGGUCAAUGACAAGGGAACCAUCCUUCCGCGGGGGCCUUUGAUGUUGUCCCCUAGCAGCUUGUUCUCUGCUUUUCAUAGGGAAGUGAUAGAGAAGAAACCUGAAAAGUUCAAAAUUGAGUGUUUGAAUGAUAUCAAGAAUUUGUUUGUUCCAAGUAAAGAACCUUUUUAUGCUGCUUUUGGAAACCGGCCAAAUGAUGUGUAUGCCUACACUCAAGUUGGGGUGCCAGAUUGUAGAAUAUUCACAGUGAAUCCCAAAGGAGAAUUAAUACAGGAACGGACCAAAGGGAACAAAUCAUCGUAUCACAGGCUGAGUGAACUUGUAGAACACGUGUUCCCGCUCCUCAACAAAGAACAGAAUUCGGCUUUUUCAUGCCCAGAGUUCAGUUCCUUUUGCUACUGGCGAGACCCAAUCCCUACAGUGAACAUGGAUGACCUGGCUUGAAUGUUUCCACCCCUUCAGGAAAAGGGGUUUGCUCUCUUCAGAUGCUCAGGCUCAGUGUGAAGAGCGAAAAAAGCCCUUCCAAAGGGGGGCACAUUCAUCUUACCUUAGAUCCAUAGGUGUUGAGGCACAAACCAUCCAGAGCAGUGAAAGGCACAGCCGCCUUUUGAUCUUCACUCUCCCGGUUUGACUUGGGGAUUGAUUGUAUCUGGAACUUUAACACUGCCAGAGCCCGUGGUACCAGAAGGUAGAGUGAAGAAGAAGCAUUAGCCUUAAGUUUGUAGUCCUAUGCUUCUCUUGUUGCAAACCUUUUGUAUUUGGUGGUUUGUUUCUGGUUUUGUUUUGUUUUUCUUUUUUUUCCCCUUUUAAUUCCUAAAAUUAAAAGGUGGAAAGGAGAAGCCAAAAAAAAAAAAGUGCACCAAAAAGUUAAUGGAAAGUAGAUUGGAGUGGGCCCCAAAAAGCACUUUGGAUUUAGUGUUUCUGUGUUUUACCAGGGUAUUUUCAGAGGAUUAGUUGUUGGGUUAACUGUUACAGGGCCAAUUAAUAAUGUAGGUAUAAAAUCUGUGUAUAUCUGUUCUUAAAAAACCUUACUCGGAAAAUAUGAAAGAAUAGCUGCUUAGAUGUAUGAAUAUGUUUUAUCAUAUGUACAGCAAUAUUGACAUUCAUUAACCAGACCCCCAUUACUUAUUCUUGUACUCAAACUUUGUAAUUUUUUUUCAUUACAUUGAGUAGUGACAUCCUCUUUCCCCUCUUCUCUAACCACUCCCCCACACACAUAAACCCCAUUUAAAUAAGCAAGUCUUAUUUGAACCUUAAUGUAAGAAGUGGUUUUCUUACAUUAAAGCAUUGUGAGCUUUUAGGAA